UCCCACCCCUGGGAGCCCCUCCGCCCGGCCCUGCUCCCCAAAACUCUAGGCCAUCCUGCCCCAGCCUCCGACCUGCCCUCGGGUGACGGCCGUUCUCCAGUGACCUGAAGAGCCGCGGCGAUGGGGAAGCCGGAGAGCCCCGCGGGGGCGGCGGAGACCAGGGGCCGGUCCCGGCGGCGGCGCCCCGGCGUCCUGGAGUGGGGGCUGCUGCUCCUGCUGCUGCUGCUGACGGGCGCCCUGGCGGCCCUGAGCCUCCUCUACGCCCACAGCGGAGGGAAGCAGCGGCCGCUCCUCACUAGCCGGCUCGCCUCCGGGAAAGAGAAGACCGCUGUAGAGCGAAAGCCCCGAGCCAUCCAGGGGCCCCAGGAGGACGAGAUGUGCACCAGCCCCGGCUGCGUGAUAGCAGCCGCCAGGAUCCUCAGGAACAUGGACCCGUCCAAGGACCCGUGUGAGGACUUCUACCAGCACGCGUGCGGGGGCUGGCUGCGGCGCCACGUGGUCCCCGAGACCAGCUCCCGGUACAGCGUCUUCGACAUCCUGCGGGACGAGCUGGAGGUGGUCCUCAAAGGGGCGCUGGAGCACACCGCCGCCAGGGACCGGCCCGCCGUGCAGAAGGCGAAGACGCUGUACCGCUCCUGCAUGAACGAGAGCAUAAUCGAGGAGCGAGACUCCCAGCCGCUGCUGGAGACCUUGGGGCGGGUGGGCGGCUGGCCGGUGGCCAUGGACGAGUGGACGGACACUGUAGGCCGCCACUGGGAGCUGGAGCGGCAGCUGGCGGCCAUGAACGCCCAGUUCAACCGGCGGGUCCUCAUCGACCUCUUCAUCUGGAACGACGACCAGAACUCCAGCCGCCACAUCAUCUACAUAGACCAGCCCACCUUGGGCAUGCCGUCCCGAGAGCACUACUUCCAGGAAGGCAGCAACCAGAAGGUGCGCGAGGCCUACCUGCAGUUCAUGGUGUCGGUGGCCACGAUGCUGCGGGCGGACAUGAGCCUGCCCCGGGACCGCCGCCGGGUGCAGGAGGACAUGGCGCAGGUGCUGAGGCUGGAGACGCAGCUGGCGAACGCCACGGCCCCCCAGGAGGAGAGGCACGACGUGACCACGCUGUACCACAGGAUGCCGGUGACGGAGCUCCAGGACAGGUUCAGUCUGAAGGGAUUCAACUGGACCCUCUUCAUACAAUCGGUGCUGUCAUCUGUCAAAAUCGAGCUGCUGCCCGAUGAGGAGGUGGUGGUCUACGGCACCCCCUACCUGCAGAAGCUGGAGAGCAUCAUCGACGUCUUCUCAGCCAGGACCAUGCAGAACUACCUGGUCUGGCGCCUGGUGCAGGAUCGUAUUAGCAGCCUGAGCCAACGGUUCAAGGACGCACGUGCAAAGUACCGCAAGGUGCUGUACGGCAAGACCACGGAGGAGGUGCGCUGGCGGGAAUGCGUCAGCUACGUCAACAGCAACAUGGAGAGCGCCACGGGCUCCCUCUACGUCCGGAAGGCCUUCUCCAGAGACAGCAAGGACGUGGUCGGAGAGCUCAUCGACAAGGUGCGGGCCGUGUUCGUGGAGACCCUGGACGAGCUGAGCUGGAUGGACGAGGCGUCCAAGAAGAAGGCCCAGGAGAAGGCCAUGAGCAUGAAGGUGCAGAUCGGGUACCCCGACUACAUCCUGGACGAGAGGAGCAAGCACCUGGACAAGGAGUAUUCCAACCUGAACUUCUCGGAGCACCUGUAUUUCGAGAACGGCCUGCAGAACCUCAAGGCCAGCGCCCAGCGGAGCCUCAAGAAGCUGCGGAAGAAGGUGGACCAGAACCUCUGGAUCAUCGGGGCCGCGGUGGUCAACGCGUUCUACUCUCCAAACCGGAACCAGAUUGUGUUCCCCGCCGGGAUCCUGCAGCCCCCCUUCUUCAGCAAGGACCAGCCGCAGGCCUUGAACUUCGGCGGCAUCGGGAUGGUGAUCGGACACGAGAUCACCCACGGCUUUGACGACAACGGCCGGAACUUCGAUGAGGAGGGCAACAUGCAGGACUGGUGGAGCAACUUCUCGGCCCAGCACUUCCAGGAGCAGUCGGAGUGCAUGGUGCACCAGUACGGGAACUACUCCUGGGACCUGGCCGAGCAGCAGAACGUGAACGGGUUCAGCACCCUCGGGGAGAACAUCGCUGACAACGGAGGGGUGCGGCAGGCAUACAAGGCUUACCUCAAGUGGAGAGCGGAGGGCGGCCGGGACCAGCAGCUGCCAGGCCUGGACCUGACCUUCGACCAGGUCUUCUUCCUCAACUACGCUCAGGUGUGGUGCGGCUCCUACCGGCCCGAGUUCGCGGUGCAGUCCAUCAAGACGGACGUCCACAGCCCCCUGAAGUACAGGGUGCUGGGCUCCCUGCAGAACCUGGCCGCCUUCUCCGACGCCUUCCGCUGCGCCCGGGGCACCCCCAUGCACCCGCGGGUGCGAUGCCGCGUCUGGUAGCCGAGGCCCAGCCACACUGCGCUGCCCACGCCACCCGAGGUCCGAGGCGACCCGACGGCUCUGAGCCGGUGCGGCCGGCGGGGACCUGCGUGCGCUCCGGGCCAGACCCGCACCGGCCGGGACUCUGUGGGGCCCCGGGGUGAGCAGGACCCCGCGUCGCCGCCCCGCGCAGCCCUGCGGCGCCUCCACCUGCCUUCCGCCCGCUCCAGCGCGUCCUCGGUGUCACCGGCUUCAGACUUGAGCGAAUCCUCAGGUUUGGACAGUCUUAAUGCCCCAUGUUUUGCACCCGGCGGCUACUAAACUUCGCUCCUCCCCUUCCUUUUUGCUUUCUGCACGUGCUUCACCGGAGCGUCCUUCCACCUUGCAAUUGCAGUGGCCCUGUGCUCAGGCCCCACGUUGGGUGCCACAUGGGCCUCACCAGCACAGCCGAGGGUGAGCCUGAGGAGGGGCGGUGAAGGACCAGA